UGAAGGCUUUCCCCGCCCAUCCUAGUUCUGUUCUCUCUUUCCGGACCUGGCUAAGGAGGAGGCGCCAUCAUGGGAGUUGACAUCCGCCACAACAAGGACCGAAAGGUUCGACGCAAGGAGCCCAAGAGCCAGGACAUCUACUUAAGGCUGUUGGUCAAGCUGUACAGGUUUCUGGCCAGGCGAACCAACUCCACCUUCAAUCAAGUUGUGCUGAAGAGGUUGUUCAUGAGUCGCAGCAACCGGCCACCUCUGUCCCUUUCCCGGAUGAUUCGGAAGAUGAAGCUUCCUGGCCGGGAAGGCAAAACGGCUGUGGUGGUGGGGACUAUAACGGACGACGUGCGUGUCCAGGAGGUGCCCAAACUGAAGGUGUGUGCUCUUCGAGUGAGCAGCCGCGCCCGGAGCCGCAUCCUCAAGGCAGGGGGCAAGAUCCUCACCUUCGACCAGUUGGCGCUGGACUCGCCCAAGGGCUGUGGCACUGUCCUCCUGUCUGGUCCUCGCAAGGGCCGAGAGGUGUACCGGCAUUUCGGCAAAGCCCCAGGAACCCCGCAUAGCCACACCAAACCCUAUGUACGGUCCAAGGGCCGGAAGUUCGAGCGCGCCAGAGGCCGACGGGCCAGCCGUGGCUACAAGAACUAACCCCAGAUCCUACCUUGUUAUUAAAAAGAUUUUGGAUGCUAA